GGAGUGUGGGGUAGCCGGCCGGCCGUUUGCCUCGAGCCAAUCAUCACGGGUGAAAGCAGACCGAAUAUGCUCAUUCCGGAGGGAUGUGAUGCCUGGUCUGAUCCAACUGCAUGUCUACAACCGCUCCAGCCAAUCAUCAUCAGACAAAGCCGAUGCUGUCUGAGCUGUUGAGUGGAUCUAGGGGAAAUACAGAGGUUGCUCUAGAGGCGAAGGAAGAGGAAUCGGCAGUGAAUUUGGACUGGUUCGUGCUGCAAGGAGCAUCUCAUGUGAACCACAUGGCCAGUUGGAACGUCUGAGAGUCUGGGGAUCGCAUCCCUCUUCAGGGUUCGAGACCCAGCUAUCGGAAGGCCAUUCCGUGUUGCACCAGAAGGGUAGCAGUGCAGGAUGAAAGCAGCCCUUCUGGUCGUGUCCUCCCGCUCCCAGAGCUGAGGUUGGGGAAGCUCUAUAUAUCCGCCGAGGCACCGCUGCAACCUGAGAUCCUACGGUCCCAGAGACUCGGGCUUCUCGUUUCUUCACCCGCGUUUCCAUUUGCCUCGACCCCAUCCUGAGGAGACUUCACGAAGUGGUCUUCUGCGCCAAAGCAAGAACGUCUAGCCAAUCAUGGCGCCUCGAGAAGAUGUUGACCACACGGUCAUCUUUCACGACGAUGUCGCUCAAGCGAAUAAGAUUGGUGUUGCCGUCGAAGAAGUUGCGGCAACCCGCAUCUCAGAGGCUGACAUGAUGCGCAAGUCAGCCGAGGCCCUUACAUUGAAGUCCAAGACCGGCCUUUACAUCUUUGGCUACAUGCUCGUGAUGGGCUGCAACCAAGCAGGGUAAGAAAGCGACGGACCCUGCUUGUCUUUGACGGAGGCAAAGGGAUGGUGGUGCUGAUCACUCUGUGAAUAGUUUCGGUAUCGACUGGGGUGUCAUUAGCGGAAUCAACUCCAACGACCGAUGGCAUGACUUCUACGGGUUCGGCAACGCGGGUGUAAUCAUCUCCACGAUCAACGCCCUGAUGCAAAUUGGUGGCUUCUUGGGCGCUCCCUUUCUGAGCUGCGCCGACGUCCUCGGCCGUCGCGGUGUCAACUUCCUCGGCAACGCUCUUGUCAUCAUCGCUGCUAUUAUGCAGGCCAUGGCCCCGAACCUGGCCUGUCUCUUCAUCGGCCGUCUCGUCCUUGGAUUCGGCACAGCGCUUUGCACCGCGCCGCAGUACGUUGCCGAGCUUGCACCUGUACACCUUCGUGGUCGCCUCGUUGGUGUCUUUGGCGCGUGCUUCCAGGUCGGCUCGCUGAUGAUGAUUGGUAUCAUGAUGGGUUUGACGAACUGGGACAGCGACUGGCAGUGGCGGAUGGCCUUCUUCAUCCAGGCCAUCUUCCCUCUCUUCGUGUGUGUCACAAUCUACUUCUUGUGCCCAGAGUCGCCUCGUUUCCUCUACAUGCGCGGCAAGAAGGAGGAAGCCCGUCGCGUCGUGGCAAGAUACAUGACGACCGAUAACGACAUCAACCACGAGAUUGUCGACCUCAUGAUCCUGCAGAUUGAGGAGUCUAUCGAGACCACAAAGGCUGGGUUCCGCGCCACCUGGGAUUUCCGGGUCUUCUUCACCAAGGCCGUGUGGUUCCGCACCGUUGUCCUAGCUGUCUACGCUGUUUUCCAACAAUGGAAUGGAGGCGGCAUCAUCGGAUACUACCUGGCCCCCGCGCUCGACACAAUCGGCAUCACCACGCAACUCGACCAACUCGGCAUCAGCCUCGGCUCGACGGCUAUCUACUUCGUCUUCACUCUCUUCGGCUCCUAUAUCAUCGACUACUUCCGUCGUCGCACCCUCAUUUUCGCCGGUUUGAUUAGCAUGAUUUGCGCCCAGAUUGCCGUCACCAUCACGAGCUGGCAGUACAACCUCAGCGAGCAGAAGACGACGGCCAUCCUGACGGUCGUCUGGAUCUACCUCUUCCAGGUCUGCAGCGCCACCUUCAUCGCGACCAUGCACAACCUCUACCCGGUCGAGCUGCUCUCGCUGCCGCUGCGUGCCAAGGGCAUGGGCCUGUUUGCCAUGUUCCAGGCCAUCGCGGCCGUGGUGCACAACUAUGGUAUCGGCAUCGGUGUCGGCAAAGUUGGGUACAAGAUCUGGGCCGUGUACAUUGUGUACAACUUUAUCCAGAUUAUCAUCAGCUACUACGUCUUCCCUGAGACGAGCAAGCUGAACCUGGAGGAAAUUGAUACCAUCUUUGAGACGCCGGGCGGCAAGCCUGUCAAGUUGAGUAUCAAGAUUGCGGAUGCCAAGAGGGAGAAGGCGAAACUUGAUCGCCAGAAUGGGGUUUCGCAGCUUUGA